ACUAAGAAUACAUCCAAAAAUUCUAGCCAAUCUCUUUUCCCAAAGAAUUUUCUAGUUUUUAAUAUUAUGUAUUGCAUGUUGUUGUAUCAUAUAUAUUGACAUAUUAAUUAUUCAUAUACCCCCAUGCCAUGCUUUCUCAGUUUCCCAACACUUUAGUUAUGACUUAUGGGUCAUCCAAGCUUCUUAAAGCUACAGAAACACCAAAGAAGUGUUUUCUUUUGCCAAUAACCAAACCCUUUAGCAUUGGCUCUUUUAUAGAAAUAAGGGCAACCCUUUAAUGUGUUAAUAUAAUAAGUGCAAACCACUUCCACAAGCCAUUGAGGACACUUUCUCUCUCUUUCACCACCGAAAAGAAAAACCCCAAAAGCUGUUUCUCUCACUCACUUUGAUGGAUAUCAAUCCAGCAUUAAAGCUCCAAACCCACACUUGGAAUCUUGAAAUCCCCAUGGAUGACCAUAUCCUCCAUGACCAACUCCCUUUGAACCCUAUUUGGCCAAGCUUCCCUCUUCAAACCCCUUUCUCCACCUCAACUACUCCCACCCACCUACCUAGUGCAACACCUGUUUACUCAACUCAUCACAACGACCAACUAGGUCACCUUGUUGAAGAGGGGGAAGAACCAGAAGAAGAGUUAAGCGCCAUGAAAGAGAUGUUGUACAAGAUCGCAGCGAUGCAGCCCGUCGACAUCGACCCUUCCACCAUUCGGAAGCCCAAGAGACGCAACGUGCGGAUCAGCGACGAUCCCCAGAGCGUGGCGGCUCGUCACAGGCGCGAGAGGAUAAGCGAAAAGAUCAGAAUUCUUAAAAGACUUGUCCCGGGAGGCACUAAGAUGGACACUGCAUCAAUGCUGGACGAAGCUAUCCGAUAUGUCAAGUUCUUGAAGCGGCAGAUUCUGGAGUUGCAAAGAUCCAAUGAUAACCAGCAGCCGCCACCACCACCACCACCAUACCCUGUGGAGUGGCAAGUUGCACCAAAUAAACCCCUGGGUUCCACCUCGGAGACACAAACAGGCCAUGGAUUCACUUUUGAUGCCAACGGGGGAAAACCCCUUGUGCUUUAAUCAUGAGGUAAAUUUAGUGAUUAAUGGCUUAGCUAUAUUCCUGAACUAAUCAACAUGUAAUUUCUGUAUUAAUGAUAAUAUUAUUAGUGAAGACUAUUAAA